CCGUCUUUCCCGAGGCGGGUGAGGGGGGAAAGAGAGAAAAAAAAAAAAAAGGAAACCUCAAAUUCCCCAUUCUUCCUCGUCUUGGGGCACAACUCCGAUUUAGGGUUAGCUCCUCCUCCUCCUCAUCGCUGAUUAGGAUUCGAUUCGACCGGAUCCCUCGCCGCCUUCGCCAUGGAUGAUGGUGAUGAGCCCGUCCCCUACGUCAUGGAUGAGGGUGUGCUACUACCCUUGCUGUUUCCGCCGCCGCUGCCGGCCGACGACGACGCCACCGCCGGCGUGAGCCCAAGCUGGGUGUACCUCGAAGACAGAGCUUACGUCUCCCCCGAUGCCGUCUCCAACUCCACCACCGCCUUCUCCACCACCACCACCGGCGUAAGCAUCCAUGUCUCCUUCUGCCUCGCCCGCCCGCCGCGCCUCUCCUACCUCUGCGUCCACUGCCCCCGCCCCGGCGACGGCGAGGGCGCCUACCGGUUCACUGUCGAUCCCCGAGUCCUCGGCACGCACACCGAUGUAGCCCUCCUCCGCGUCCCGCACCCCAACGACGGGCUCCACCGCGGAAUCAAAUCCUACGACUACUUCGUCUACACGGCCCGCCCAGGCCCGGGCGCCUCCUUGCUCCGGCUGCUGCCGAACCCGCGGGUCUCCCCCUUCCGCAACGAGGAGGUCGCCAUCGUCCGCUGCUCCGGCGGCGCCCGCUACGUCAUCGCCUGCCUCAUGCCAACCAUCAGGCGCCCCAUGGAGUUCAAGGUUAUGCGCUUCGACUCCGACGUCGGCCGCUGGAAAUCCACAGCUGUGUCCAUCAGUGAGCCGGUCGAGAGGGACAGGGUGCUCCCCAUCCCUGACACGGCCAGCCAGAUGGUCUUCCACUGCACCACCAAGGUCAUCACGCUCGGCGGCACCAUCGGCUGGGUGGAUCUCUGGAGAGGGAUCCUGCUGUGUGACGACGUGCUUGACCAACACCUGGUGCUCCGCGACGUGCCACUGCCCAAGCCAGCGAGAAGCAACCGCAAAUCCUUCUGCAGAGGGCCGCCGCAUCAUUACCGGGACAUCACCGUUGUCGUGCAGGACUCUGUUCCCACCUGCAUCAAGUACGUUGAGAUGGUGACCCGCCCCGGUGAUCGGCCACCUCCUCGACAACGACAGCCGCCGCAACAUUCUGAUGACUCUGACUCUGAUGAGGAAGAGGACGUUGCUUACUACUGGAAGGCUAACAUAUGGAGCAUGCCGAUACCAGUUGGUUCAUGGGAGGAUUGGCAGAUGGAGUGCACGGUGGAUGUCACUGACAUCGCCGUCGACAAUGUCAGGUUCAGUGAGCUGCUGCCAAAGAUUGGCAAUGAUCCAGAGGAGACAUUGAGGAGGCUGGUCACAGGUUUCCCCACAUUGGGUAUGGAUGGGGAUGUCAUUUCUUUCCUGUCCAAGAUCAAUCGCUUGGAUGAUAAGGGAUGGGUUAUCUCUGUUGAUCUGAGGAGUAAGACGCUGCAAGGCGUGGCUGAGCUUGAUGAGAGGAAGAAUUUCCUCUUCAAGCGCUACUACAACACCAGUGAGAUCUCCAAAUAUCUUAUCAAGGCUACAGGUGAGGCAGGAACUCUUGUAAAAACUGGGGUUAAUAGUAGAGUCUCAAAAAAGAAGAAGUAGGAAUUAAUUAAUGAAUCACGUAGGCUACCUGGGUUGAAGAAAUGAAACGAGCUGCAGAGACUGGGCGAUUCAUGAGCUACUUUCUGUAAUGAGCUAUUAUCAGAGUUGUUCUGUGCAAGACAUGCUACUUUCUGUAAUGGAUUUGGUUUUCGUCUGUUUAUCCCAAGUUAAACUGCUAUCUUCCCCUGAUGAUUGGCCUGAAAUGGAUGCUCAGGAAUUUUCUUCGGUUAUUAUACUGUAAUAAAAUGUCAAGCUGGCGACCCCA